UACAUGUAUACAAAAAAAUCUGUUUGUGGUUUGUGUUAUCAACUAAGCAAACAAAUCGCAUUUAAUACACACUUCCUUGUUGAAGCGUAUAACUCACACUGAAGGAUAAGGGCCAGCAAACAAGAUGUCUUUCCUACAAACGUUAGAAAAUGUCGAGCUGCCUAAAGUCCUGAGAGUCACAGAGGGAUGUCUCCGCAUACCUAGAUGGCGGACGUUUAAGGCCGGUGAAUGCAUUGCUGUGUUUUCGUGUGAGAGGCAAAUAAUAGUAAAGGGAUGUUUAAAGUCAACAGAGUCUCGCGAUUUAAAACAAGAACUAGGGUUUAUCCCGUUUGACACGUCGGAACUGUUUUACGAUAUUCAUUGCAUAGGAAAAAAGUACACAGCCAUAGACGAACUUGUGAAGGACUUUCCAAGAUUCCUGCUCCCGACUUCAGAUGUAUUUGCAAUUGUUGAAAAGGAAAGUGACUGUGAGAGCAUCCGGCUCGAAAAGAGAAGUUUACUGGAAGUGGAGGAAAUUCGGGAAUACAAAGGAAAUUCUUGUUCCCAAGAGGACUAUACAAACGCACAGGAUCUGCAUGGUGAGAUGCUUUGCUGUACAGUGAAAGACGGACCAAACUCUGGACUUGACAUCAUUUUGCCAAACACAUUACGAUGUGAAAUGGAGAUUAUUCAAGACACAGAAAAAUAUUCCAUGCAAGACAUUGUCGAACGAUUCAAUUUGCCGCGAAAACUGAAAUUUUGUGACCCCAAAAUUGACCAACACCUUAUUGACACCAAAAAGCUAGAAAACGAGAUUCUUGCGUCCUCUUUAUCCAAUAAAAUGAUUUUUCUAGCAGACCUGGGAAAGUGUAAUUUGGAAUGUAUUGACGAAUUCGUCCGCGAGUGUUCGAAUGUUGUUUGCGACCUUGUCGAAAACCUAGACUUAUCUCACGUCCAUGUGGAAGUUCUCAAAAACACAAUGGAAGAAAUAGAAAUAUUCAGCCCUUUUUAUGCCUUUCCAGAGACACCAACGUUUGAUAAUAUCCAGACUUACACUCUUAAAGGAACCGACAAACAGCCCGGCUCCAGUGAUUUGACAAAGGGUGAAUCUGUGACAGAGGAGCAUCCACCACCACGCCGACGCGAGUUUGACGAGUAUAUACAGCUGUGGGACCCCACCAAAUCUAACGACACAAACGUGACCGGAAGUAAGACGGGUAGCUAUGACGCAUUAAUAGGAUUGGGGACUCCUCCACAAUUGUCUAGUCCAACCUGUGCAACACACAUCACCCAGCCGCCGAACGGAUCAAAGCCGGAGAGAGUGACCCCGCCUUCUGUUCUCAACAUUUCUGACCCCGCCCCCGUAAAACCUAGAGUGAGUCCAACCACAGGACAAAUGAAUUACGAUAGAGUGCCCAGUCCGACCCUUCCCCCGCGAGUCCGAGAGAAAUCGCACACGAUACCAAUAACUCCGGUCAAGGUCAGCUGUAUCAGCAAAAGGUCAGGGUCGUUACCAACGGAUUCACUGGCUGUGUCCGCAGAUUCCGAUCAUAGCAAUUCUAUUCAUCAUUUGGGAGUGGAACAGUUAUGCGCUCUCCUGAAGGAGUACAAACUGGACAAGCUGGCGGAGGUGUGUGUCGACGAAAAGCUGGACGGGAAUUUCUUGGCGUGCUUGAAUGAUGACGACCUUAAAGAGGAACCGUUCUGUCUCGGAAAUUUCCAAAUCAAGAAACUGAAUAAGCUGAAGACAGGCUGGCGAUCAAAAUAGAACUUACUUUUACAAUAUGAAUAUAAUCAAACUUCUCUACAAUUCCAAGAGAGAGAGAGAGAGAGAGAGAGAGAGAGAGAGAGAGAGAGAGAGAGAGAGAGAGAGAGAGAGAGAGAGAGAGAAUGUGUUAAAGUUACAUCCAGUUUUGAUUUGUUAUCAUCAUUUGUGUUCAUACUUGUAUAAUAAUAGUCAUUUUGAUAUUAAAAGAGAUAAAAUGGU